GGUAGAUUCUUCCCAAGCCUGUAUUUUCUCAGUGUUUGUGUGCUUGCUGACUACAUAGGAAUAAGCUCCCAUUACCAAUGGCACACACAGGAGUUACCAACCUUCUUUUGUUCCUGGCUCUGGUCAUAUCCACAAUUUUGGGCAUUAAUUGCGCUGGAGAUCCUCAAUGUCAAAUAAUAAAUACUGCUGGGAACAGCACCACAGCCUUUAAUUUGACUGUCUCUCCUGAAAAACUUUCAAAUAAUACAAAGUACACCGUUCGUUUGGAAGGCAGUGGUAACGUUACAGUGAUCUUACAAGCAUUAUCCUCAUCCAAUUCUGUUGGAAAUUGGUCUAAUGUCAAUAUUAGCUGCAAUGGAAGCCCUUUGUUUCAAAACCCAUUUGAGAAUGCAACACAAUUGCAGGCACAAUGGACAUCACCGGAAAAUCUAACAUCUGUUAACAUAACAGCUCACAUACACAACAAUGCCAAUAGUACUUUCAUUGUUUCCAGAACAUUAAAUCAAGCUAUCGUCAGUCCAAAUCAAACAACAAUUGCACCAAGCAUCAACAACAGCACAGCCCACACUUCUUCUUUAACCACAGCCAUGACACCUGUAAAAACAACAAGUGCCAGCUCUGCAGUCCAGACCAGUCUCCUAACUGUGGCUUUAUUUCAGAUCCUCGGCUUGCUUAUCAUUACAAGCAAGUAAAUGUCCCGAAGGCUCCCGUUCACUACCUACACCGUAUGGACAUAUUCAAAGCUGUACAUAUGUUUGUGAAAACGCAAUAUUUUAUGUAAUGUCCUACAGGGCAACCAGCAGCUCAACCAGUAUAAAUUAUGUAAAUUUUUAUUGAACUUAAAAACAUUAAUCAUAGCAAGAAGGAAUCACAUUUUGCAGCUUAAUGCAAUAUAACAGAGGGGGGAGUCAAAUUUAGUUUUAUCUUUAUCACUUUGAUUUGCACUACAGAAAUAAAACUAACUUGUGUUUAGCC